AAAUUGUUGUGUUUACAAUGUUGCUUUGCGCAUGUUUGUUAUUAAAUUAGCACCUCUAUCAUAAACAUAAAAUCCGUUUUAUUUUGUUAUAACGAAAAUGAUCCAACGAAUUUACCAUUAAAUUUAACGUUCAACUCAUCGAGUAUCACAGUGUUUGUAUUAACAGCAUUCGGGGUGGGUUAUUUAACACAAUAAACCGCCAUCAAAACACAGGCCCAUUAAAAAAUCCGAAAUUUAGCAUGGCGGAUGAGCACAGCAGCGAAGAAUCGGAUAACGAGAAUCAGACGGAAUUUGCUGGCGUUCUGAGCAAAUGGACGAAUUAUAUACAUGGCUGGCAGGAUCGGUAUAUUGUGCUGAAGCAUGGCACUUUAUCUUAUUACAAGAGUGAGCACGAGAGGGGUUUUGGUUGCAGAGGGGCUCUGUCGCUUGCCAAAGCUGUUCUCAAGCCUCAUGAAUUUGACGAAUGCAGAUUUGAUGUUGCAGUUAACGAUUGCGUUUGGUAUCUUCGGGCGGAUACAGUGGAACUAAAACAAAGCUGGUUGGAAGCAUUAGAAGCAUUUAGGAUUGAGUCGGGUUAUGGUACUGGUUCUGAAAACAGCUUAAAGAGACAUGACUCUUCGGUUAGCUUACAAUCAAAUAACCACAGCACAGCUUCUGGGGGUAGUUUUAAGAGAGGUUCGAGGACGUUACGCGAAAAGCUAGCUGAAAUCGAGACUUACAAAGACAUUUUGAAUCAACAGAUUGACACUUUACAAAAAUAUUUCGAUUCUUGUGUGGACAAUGUUUCCAAAAAGGAAUCAUCAAACAAAGAAAACUUGCCUGUUAUCGACUUCAAAGGUGAAGCGAUAACGUUUAAAACUACCACAGAAGCGGUAAUUGAUACUUUAUCGCAUUGCGCUGAAUUGGUGGCACAAAGAGAAGAAUCUUGGAGGAAAAGAUUAGACAGGGAGAAGGAGAGGAGGAGGCACAGCGAGAUAUUGUCUCAGAAAUAUUUUCAACAAAUGCAGAAAUCUAGGAAUGCACAUCCGGGACCAGACAUGGAGGAAGGACCACACAGUGUCCUAGCCGACGAUGAAUUCUACGACGCAGUCGAAUCCGGCCUAGAUAAAAUGGAAGAAGAACAAGAACUACGAGAAAAACUAAAAACUGGACAAAUACCUGUUACACCGCCACCUACGUCACCGGCCCUACAACACAGACUAUGGCCAGAUAUCGACCGAUUAGUCAAACAACAAGUCGCAAUGUCAAGAAUGGGCAUCGGAGAUUGCGGCACCGGCUGGCAAUUGUUCGCCGAAGACGGCGAAAUGAAGAUGUACAGGAGAGAGGAAGAAAUCGACGGAAUGGUGGUGGAUCCACUAAAAGCAGUGCAUAUCGUCAAAGGCAUUACCGGACACGAAGUGUGUCAUUAUUUUUUUAAUCCUAAAUAUAGAUACGAUUGGGAAACUACUUUAGAGCAUAUGACAGUCUUAGAGAAUAUAUCGGAUGACACGUUAGUGUUUCUACAGACCCACAAAAGGAUCUGGCCAGCUAGUCAGCGAGAUGUUGUGUUUUGGUCGCACAUACGCAAACUACCAAACGACCAAGAUAGAGACGGGCCAGAUAUAUGGACUGUUGUAAAUAAUUCGACUGAAAGUCCGGAACAUCCGGCUAACGUAGGUAAAUGUGUUAGGAUAUAUUUAACAGUAUGCCUUUUGUGCCAGACGAGGGUUCAUCCGCCCAAAGACGGCGCGCCAAUCACAAGAGAUGAUGUGUCAUGUAAAAUAACUUAUUGUUCAGUAGUAAAUCCAGGAGGUUGGGCGCCUGCGUCAGUAUUGAGGGCGGUGUACAAAAGAGAAUAUCCGAAAUUUCUGAAACGUUUUACUGCGUACGUCAUAAAUCAAACAAAAAACAAACCUCUUAUGUUUUAAUUUUUUUUCUAAGUCUUUUUGGUCAGGAUAUACAUUUUUAUUUUUUUGCCCCUAUACUUUUUUUUUUGUUUUAUCAUUAUUAUUUAUACAUUUAUAAUAUUAAAUGUUAUUUUAUGUUAA